UAAGCCGAAGAGAGUAGUCGUGUUCAGUGCGCUGGUCGCUAUACCACUCCGUUCCUACCGUCGUUACUAGCCACUUCUCGAAGCUUCUUUCUCAUUGUCUAGUCAUUCCUUUACAACAGUCAGAAGUUACUCAAGAUGGGCGUCAUUGACAAGAUGAACGUGGAGGGCAGCGAGAUGCGAGAGCGGGCGGCGCGCAUCUGCCGAGACUACCUGCACGGCGCCUGGAAGUCAGUCACCUCCAAGGACAUCCAGCUAAAGAGGAUCAGUGGCGGCCUAAGCAACUGGCUGUUCCACGUCGGCCUGCCUACGGACACACGGCCCAAGGGCAGUGAGCCAUCGCAGGUACUGUUGCGCAUCUACGGGCAGACCCACGGCGAGCGCGCCCUUGAGGCACUCGUCACCGAGUCUGUGAUAUUCACAUUGCUUUCGGAGCGCCGCUUGGGGCCCAAGCUGCACGGCAUCUUCCCUGGAGGCCGCAUUGAGGAAUACAUACCGGCACGGGCAUUGAAAACCAGAGAGAUGGCAGAUACCAAAUUGAGCCCACUGAUAGCAGAGCGCAUGGCUCAAAUUCACAGGAUGAAUGUACCAAUAAGCAAGGAACCACGCUGGCUUUGGGACACUAUGGAUAGGUGGACACAGAGUGCAGAGGCAAUUUUGGUGGAGGUUGAAGGUGCUCAACCUGAGGUUCUUUCCUACAUCAAUAAAAUCCAAAAGUACAACCUAGGAUCUGAAGUCAAGUGGUUGAUGUCUUUCCUGAAGAAGCUGCAGUCUCCAGUAGUAUUCUGCCACAACGACAUGCAGGAAGGCAAUAUUCUGUUGUACAACCACAACCUCACUGACCAACAGGCUCUCAGCACACCACGUCUGGUGCUGAUAGAUUUCGAGUACUGCUCGUACAACUACCGCGGUUUUGAUUUGGCUAACCACUUCAUUGAAUGGGUGUAUGAUUAUACAUAUCCUACUCAUCCAUUCUUUUCAGUCAAUUACAGCCACUAUCCCAGCCCAGAGCAGCAGCUGGUCUUCGCAAGGUCUUACCUGAAGACUUUCCAUCAGAAACAACCAACAACUGAAGAAGAAACAGUACUGUUGAAGGAAGUGCAAGCCUUCACUCUUGCUUCACAUCUUUUCUGGGGACUAUGGGCUGUUGUCAAUGCCAAACUGUCACAGAUCCCAUUUGGUUACUGGGAAUAUGCUGAUGCGAGGUUAGAGGCCUACUUUUAUUCUAAAAGCAAACUUCUAAACAGUGCAGCAAGUGACAUUGGCACCAAGAGGAAAAUUGGCGAUUUAGAAGAAUGAAGUGAUCAGAUCAGAAGAUGAAGAAUUUGACCUCGACAGAAUUUGCAACUGAAUCUGUCUCGUUGCAAAUUCUGUGAUGGAGAUCGUGUUCAGCUGGAGGCUUGAAACUUGAGCAUAUCAGUUAUGUACCUUCUGAGGUAUUUCAAUACCUGUGUGGAAGGGCCUCUAUGCCUUUGAUUUCAAAGGUUUAGCUUCUGUAAGAGCAAGGCAGAGCUGUUAAGUUCAUGGAAGACUCCUCAUCCAUUGGAAACAUCCAUGUAACUUAAGAUCAUUCCAUUCCUUUUUUUCUUUUUUUUUUAAAUUUGUAACUGACUAUUUAUUCAGUCUCUCCGUAGAUCAUUUUAAAUUAAAUGAAGCUUUGUUGCAUUUGACUAAUAAAUUGCCAGUGCAGCAUUGCUAACUGCUGUAAAUAUCAAUAACUUAGAUUAUAUUUAAACUUAUGAAGCAGCAUAGCACCAGAAUGAAUUACUGCAUUUCAUCUCUUAGUGCAAUAAGCACAGGCUUAGAACUGCAUGCAGGCAGCUAUUUCUUAUGCUACUUUGACUCCAUAAAAGUUCCAUGAAGGUAUUACAUUGACUUACAAUCAAGAGCAAAUGCAAACAAAUUAUCUAUCAGUAUAAUGAGUGUGAUUGCUCAGAUUGCAUAAAAAAUGUUCUUUUUAACAUGGCUGACUUAGAAACAGAGCAGACAGCUGUGGGGUACAUUACUCCAUGCAGGCAAUCAUGUAAUGUCACACAUCAGUGGUGGCAUUAGUCGUGUUUGCAGUUAUAUGCAGUUACGACUAAACCAAUGUAAGAGGCGAAAGGGCUGUGGUGAAUUUUCAAGCAGUUUGUUGGGUGCAACGCAUAUUUGAGACUGUCUCUUCUUUUUUACAUUGUAAUCUCAUUGCUCACAUGUAUUAAUGUCAUUACCUAAAUCAUGUGUCAUGAGUAUGUCUACAAAGUAUUAUGUUUGUAAUUUGUGUUGUCCAUAUAUUUUUUAAAGAAAUCUGCUUUUUGUUUAGUACAAAGAUAUUGUUCUGUGUUCAGAAAUUUGUAUUAUUUAUAAAACAAACUCAGAAUCAUUCAACGUGCAUAAAUAAAAGUUGUAAUAAACA